AUGCAGAAGAGCAUCGUGGAAGUGAACGGCGUGGCGACGUACGUUGCCACUUGGGGAGCGUGGAUUGAAGACGACCUGAGCAACCACCGGGACCUCAUCGUGUGCAUCCCAGGUAACCCCGGAGUUACGGGCUAUUACGAGGAGUUUCUGGAGACGCUCUAUCGCAGCCUCAACAUCCCCGUGUGGAUCGUGUCGCACGCCGGACACGAGGUGGGUCGCGACGUCACCAUCCCACCUCUACGGGGCAACCGACAACUCUACUCGCUGGAAGGCCAGAUUACUCAUAAAAUACAAUUCCUCAAUAAGUAUGUGCCACCUCAUGUUAACAUUUAUUUCGUCGGGCAUUCCAUUGGUACUUAUAUGAUACUGCAAGUUCUGAAGCAAUGCCCAGAAAUAAAUGCAAGGGUAAAGAAAUCAUACAUGUUAUUUCCAGCAAUUCAUCAUCUGAAAGACACUCCGAAUGGAAAGCUGUGGGGAAACUUUUUGCUACGCAUUAAAUCUUUCCUGCUCUUCCUUGCAUGGAUUUUUAUAUACUUGCCGAUUUUUAUAAGGAAGAUUCUUAUAUAUAUUUAUUUUUUAAUUUUUCCAGCUAAGAAGGAAAUGAUACGGCCUACUGUGAAAUUACUCAAUCCUCGAGCACUUCAGAAUGUCUUUUUCAUUGCACAGGACAAUUUGGAUAACGUUAAAGAGUUAGAUCAUGAACUCAUAGAUGAAUUGUCUGACAAAUUACUAUUCUAUUUUAGCAUUACAGAUGGAUGGGCUCCUCUUAGUUUAUAUGAAUAUUUGAAGAAGUUACAUCCUCAAGUGCAUGCACUGACAAGCAGUUACAAACAUGCUUUUGUUUUAGAAGCUGGACGUGAUGUAGCCGGUUGUGUCAGUAAAUGGAUUGAGUCAGAAGCUGUUAACAUAAAAUGUAGAUCAUUAUCAAGGUGA